UCAAACGGAAAGUAAUCGCAAAUGGUAUAGGGUGUUCAGCAAUGACAAAAAACAGUUUUUUGACAGGGAGCGUUCGAAAGGGCGAAGAACAAACGGUUUUCGCUUCCUUCCUUAUCAAGGAACAAUCGGUUUCUCAACUCAAGGAAAACUUUACGCUGUCACAAAUAGCGCAGACACUAUGUUCACAAUAAUCAAUUCAUUUCAGCGCUUUAAAGUGCUGGCAGUGUUAAUUGAGUAUCAUUGGUUGAAAGAGAGCAAAAAGAAGAUAAAUGUUAUAAAGUGUUUGGUGAGGGGACGACGCUAUGCUUUGGGGUUAGCAAGAGGUUAUUGCAUACAGGGAAUCUUAACAAACAAUGCACCACGGAUAUCUCGCCAUCAGCUGGAUUUUAGCAUCCACUGUCCAGUUCACCACAGGCUCAGGCGAUGGCCUUCUGGUGAGCGACUGCGGAAACAAGCGAAGCGGUGUGACACACAGGGUACCCAACCACACUUUAGCGGCGCCUGUCUUGUUUGUGAAGACAGUAGACUCCGAGAUGGAGUGCCUCAUAGCGUGUGUGCGAACGAGCGGCUGCCUGUCCUUUGACGUGGAGGUCUGCACAGGCGGUCAGCGGUGUUAUUUGUAUAACACUGAUAAGUAUCGUGAACCCGACAAGUUGGCGCGGAGAGCUGGGACCGACCAUUUUUUCUUUGAGAACUCGUGCACUUCAAACUCGUGUUGCCAUGGCUACACCUGCAUCCCAAGAUAUCACAAUCAAUCGUUCAGUUGCGAGUCAGCGCCGAACAGCACAAAACAUUUUGGUCUUCGUGUUUUUAUGAUAUCGGACUCCAAAAAGUACUGGUCCGUCGACACCAGUAAAAAUCUGGAUGGUGCUGAAGUCAAGCUCUCGGAGGCCAAUGGCUCGCAGUUCGUUAUCCACGUGCAAGAAGGACAUGACGGCGUUGGUCAGGUCUCAUUUGAAAUGAUGGAGAACCCGGGGUAUUACGUCACACACAACGAUGACACUAGUACACCACUCCUUUUAAAGCAUUGCCAAUCAUUCGAAGGCCGAAAAGAGAUAUUCCACAUGAAGCAUUCAAGAUCGAACAACACCGUGUUAUUUACUCUUCAAAACCCUGAGCAAAACACUAUACUACAAGAAUUUUACAAUGUUUACCUGGCAUUCGAGGAAACCAAUGGUUCCCUUUUUGGUUGGGAAUGACUUACGAUGCAACCCAUGGUAUAGUUCCUAAUCAAGAGACUAUUAAAACUACUUUGCUUUUAAGGAAACCAAUCACUCCAGAGUGGGAAAGAUUCAAAGAUACAGUGUAAGUAUUUGCGUAAAACUACAAAUAAGGCGAGCAGGGGAUGAAUAAAGACAAAAACAUCGACAAAUAAAUAAAUAAUAUGAAA